AUGACAAGCCGAAAAAAUUUAAGUGACAUUUCAGAAUUUAUUCUAACCUAACCUAGUUUCGCUUCGUUGUAUAAAACUUGGAAUUAUUCAAAUAAAAUACUCAUUUCAAAAUGACUACAAUUGUUGUUAACGACGAACAAGAACUAGUUACUAAGCUAGCUUCUAAAAUCGAGAAGAUAGCUAACGAUGCUAUUGAGAACCGCGGGAAGUUUUACGUCGGGUUUUCAGGUGGUUCCGUGUUGAACUACCUCUGUGAGUGCCUUCAAACCGUGGACACUGACUGGUCAAACUGGGUAGUGGCAUUCUGUGACGAACGUUUGGUACCGGAGAACGAUGACGACUCUACCUUUGGCACCUACAAGAGAGAGCUGAUCCCAAAAACGAAGCUGGUUGAGCAGCAAUUCAUCAAGAUUAAGCAAGGAGUAUCAGCCCAAGAAGCUGCCCAGGAUUACACAGAGAAGUUGACCAAGGCAUUUGGCAGCGAAGACUUUGUGUUUGACCUGCUUCUGCUCGGCAUGGGACCUGAUGGACACACAUGUUCCUUGUUCCCUGGACAUCCAUUACUGGAUGAGACCAAGUUGAAGGUGGCUCCUAUCACCGACUCGCCCAAGUUCCCUCCGGAGAGGAUCACACUGACUUUCCCAACUAUAAACAAAGCAAGGAACUGUUUGUUCGCAAUUUGUGGCUCCAGCAAGGCGGAGAUGAUUCAACGCAUCCUGAAGGACAACGAUGAGUCAGUGCCGGCGCGCAGAGUGAAGCCCCACAGUGGCUCCCUCUACUGGGUGCUCGACCAACACUCCGCUAAGAACUUGUAGAGCUAUACAGGAACGAAUUGCCCUAUACAUAUAGUAAUAAUAGUAUAUAAUACACAGUAGUGUGUAUUUGCAAUACCUAUGUAGUAGGUAAGAUUUACAUAUUAUAAAGUAGUUAUGCGAAAGAGACGUCGUAAAUACACUAAAUGAUUUUGUCACUUACACCUUUUUUUGCGCUUGAAACUUUAUCAAAAUCGGUUCUUCCGUUUAAGAGCUCUGAUGUUGUAGACAGACAGACAUGUUAAGAAGCUUAUAAAACCCUUCUUAGUUAUUACAUUCUAAUUCUUUUUUAAAGAAAAGUUUUCGCAUAACUACAUUCUGACACAUCUAAAUGCAAUGAAAUAAUUCAGUAUAUUUAUUUAAUGAAGUCUGCUAUACAUUUGUAUCGCCAUAUUGUUUUUUUAGAGAAGUGACUUCUGAUUGCUUCGAGAGUUUGUCCGAUCCAGAAUCGGAGUGUAAGAGUACAAAUUUAAAAAAAUAUACAAAUGAUAGUCUAUAAUUAUGUAUGUACUGAGACAUAAUCAUUCCGACAAAAUAUUAGUAACUAUGAAUGCAUUUUUCCAAUAGAAUCUCUCAAUAAUUUUACUGUUUUCGGAGAAGAGAGCAAUUAUAAAGUUAUUCUAUCACAUUCCUGUACACUGGUAGCAAUAAAUAUUUUGAGGGUA